AUGGCAAGUGUCGCCCGCCCGCACGUCCCCGCCAUCGCCGUCUCCGACAGGACACCGAAGUCGAUAACUUUCCGCCCCAUUCCACUCUUCCUGCCUUAUUCCGUAAUCGCCGAUCUAAGCAGUCUCGACACCAUCCACACAAUGUCAAAUGGGAACGGCGAGCACGCUGCCGCGGCUGCCAACGGUUACCCCGCCAAACCCCACUCAUCCGAGUCCCCGCGGAGUUUCCAGGAAGUGUGCCACGAUCUGAAGGACAAGGUCGACGCUUUCUUAGCCAAUGACCAGAAGACGGAUGUUUUGCGCAAUGUUCAAAAGCAGCUGCGCGCGUCAAUGGGUGUCGUUGACGAGGCGUUGGCAAGAUAUAGACUGUAUGGGCUCACAUAUUAUAUCCCCGACAUAUUCCCCGCGGCAAUGCGAAUCGUUCUCGUCGAGCCAUAG